AUGGCUUCAACUAUGGUUCGCAAAAGUGGCCGUGAUGUCGCAGCUCUAGAUAUCAAUUACUACCAGCCAGAUCCCGAGCACCCGAAGCGUUCCAACCACUUUGAUGUCCUGACCAAUUCGGGAUUUAUGUUGGUGCUUGCAACUAUCCUCAAUGCAAAGCCCGGGUGUUUUACAGCUUUGGCUGGCAUUGUUUGCAGCUCUUGGACGGUGAUCAAUAUGGCUACAUCAGGUCGUACAACAUGUACUCCAUUAGGGCGGGAAGACAGGGAGUAUGUGGCCUCAGCCAAUUUAAUGGCAGCACGGUCUCAUGGAUACAAUUGUGGUAGUUAUUUGGGAUUGGUUGUGAUUUUUGGUGACCGAAAAAAUGCCCAAAGUUAA